AUGACUCGAAACCUUUUCUUUCUACUUUUUUUGUUGGCUGCGAUUUCAGUAAUAAAUGCUAUUCCGCACAAACUCAACAGACGAACUAGUGUCUUUGGACAAUGUCCUUUAAGCCCUGCUUUGCCAACAUUCGACGCAACAAUAGUACCUGAUCCUGUCGUUGGAGGCCAACUCGCUACUUAUAAUAUUUCCGGGACAGCGCAAACUGAUUUUCCCGAUGACGCGGAAAUUAUCAUUCUUAUCAGUGAUGCAUUCGGCCAAGCUCCAUAUGAUUCACCAUUUGGUGGCGACUUUUGCAAUAUUCCUGGAAACCCGCCUUGUCCAAUUAAAGCUGGAACCUCUUUUAAUCGAUUAUUUUCAUCAGUUCAAACUCCGGACGGAAUACCCUCAACUUUUACCGAUACUAUCUUAAUAAUGCAAGCCGAUACAACAACUUCCACUAUUGCCUGCGCAGUAGCUACUGUUGCUUAA